AUGGGCUCAAUCCUUCAUUCAAGUCAACCGCAACGUCAAUCUCAACAACUUCCUGAUUUACCAGAUUUCAUAACGAAAAUUAUUCAUGAUUUAAAUUUACCAGUUUUAAUCGUUGUCGUUGGCUUAAUUUACGUUCAUCGGCUUAAAAAACAAUUACCUGAAAACUAUAAAACUGAGUACGGAACCGCCCAUAGGGUUUUUAUUAGUUCUAUUCUAGUAGCUAGUAAAUAUGUCGAUGAUGUACCAAUUACCGCUAGAAAAAUGUCAGAAUCUGUUGGAAAAGAUGUUUGGUCAAUCAAAGAAAUAAUAAGAAUGGUCCCUAAGCCAUCUGAUUUUGGAAUGGAAUAUACUGAAGAAAUAUUAUCUACUAAAGAUGAUGUAAAUAUUAGAGCUUAUAUUUGUAAAUUACCUCAAGAUGCAAGAAAUAGGCCCACAAUCUUAUUUUUUCAUGCCAACGCCGGAAACAUGGGACAUAGAUUACCAAUUGCUCAAAUAUUUUACGUUCAAUUCAAAUGUAAUGUGUGUUUGAUUUCUUAUAGAGGUGAGGGUAGGCCCUCUGAAAAAGGCAUUCGAAUUGAUGCACAAACUUUUUUAGAUCAUGUAAUGAAAGAUGAUGAUUUAAAGAAUACUAAGCUUAUAACGUUUGGUCAAUCACUUGGUGGUGCUAUAUCAAUUGAUUUGGUUUCGAGAAAUGAAGAUAAAUUCAGUGCUAUGAUCUUAGAAAAUACAUUUUUAAGUAUUCCAAAAGUGAUACCUUAUGUCAUGCCUCAGUUGAAAUAUUUAUCAUUUUUAUGCCAUCAAAUUUGGCCUUCAGAAACCUCAAUACAACAAAUAGUUCAUACUCCAAUAUUAUUCUUAUCAGGUGCGCGUGACGAAAUAGUACCGCCAUCUCAUAUGACUGAUUUAUUCGAAUUGUCACAAACAAAGGUCAAAGAAUUUAAAAGGUUUGAUAAUGGUUUUCAUAAUGAUACUACUCUUCAACCGGGAUAUUUUGAAACUAUUAGUGAAUUUUUAAAAAAAGAAAAUUUUUGGGACGAUGAAGGCAAGGAAUGGGUCGAAAUUUAG